GCUCAUGGUACGAGCGUGUUAUCGCCCUUUUUUGUCUAUCGUUCUGCGGAGGUAAUCAGCAUCAACGCUUCACCUUGCCUCUGUGCUGAGUGUCUGCAAUACACAACAAACCAGUUGUUCCUCCUCGCAACAAUGGAAAGAUUACGGGGACUCGUUGGCUACGAGAAGUACGAGAAGAUCCAGCUUGAAGAUGGCGAUGUACCUCAGCCUCAAGACGAGGACUGCACGCCUUCGCAGAGGACGCCUUCGAACCUUACACGGGCCGUCGCUGGCUUCAACUUGUUCUUCCUUGUGCUGAACCUCUUUGCCUUCUUCAAGCUCUAUGUUGUGUUCCCCCAAGCACGAAACCAGCAGCUUCGUGAGCAAUCAUUCUUCUCCCCGAUAUUCGACCGGCUCGACAUCCCCGUGACGACCAAGACAAUCAACGCCUCGCUCGCCAACGAGGACGACUCGAUCUGGCGCAAGACGCCCAGCCCCGAGGUCGACGCGGCGUGGGAGCGCGUCUCCAAGCUCGGCUACCACACCAUCAGCACGGCCGACGUGCUCGCGCUCGGCAAGGACCCGAGCAUGACGGUGCGGGCGCCGGCGUCGUGGGACCGCGGCGACGACGCGCACAUUGUGCAGAUCGACAUGACGCACCAGAUCCACUGCCUCAACGCGGUCCGGCAGGCCAUGUACCCAGAGUACUACCCCGUGCGCAAGCUCAUGAAGGACGUGCACCCGCAGCACUGCCUGCACGUGCUGCUCCAGAACCUCAUGUGCGACGCGAGCGUCAACGUCAUGACGUACAACUGGAUGGAGACGCAGCAGAACCCGUUCCCCGACAUGAACAUCCAGCGCAAGUGCAGAGACUUUGACGCUGUGCUGGACUGGCACGAGAGGACCUUGGUGCCACUGUCGGAGAAGGUCAAGAAGCCGGAAGGGGUCAAGCAGUUGCCCUUGACGCCCAAGCUCAAAGAGCUCCUGGACGCGCACAAGGGGGAGAGUUCGGAUGAGACCGUGGGCGGCGGUCAUGAGGGUCACGGUCACUAGGUAUGGGGCGGCCACGUUAGUUAAAUGAGUUGCCAAUAUUCAGCAUUGCCUUCCACAGCCAUGGCUCGGGGGUUCAGGCGCCAGAGCCCUGUCACUUUCGACAAUCCUCCGGAGGUGACGUCGCUCCUUGCCAGCCAGAUGAACUACGUAGAGCGCAAAUGAUUUAUCCCAGCGAUUCGCCCAACAGCAAACAAGCCAUCCAUUAGCAAC